GUAGUAAACAGUGUUUCUGGCACCUAAGUAUUGCUGCCUUGUGUAUUUUAUUUAGUAUACAGCAAUAAAAAGAGUCCUGUGAAUUAUUAAAUCAUUUCAAUAAGUCAGCUAACAACAUUUACAUAUAGUUGCUACACAGAAAGUAACAUACAUUAUUUCCUCUUUUGCUCAUAUUCAAACAGGCUUGAGUGACAACUUGAGGACAAGGCGGCGACAAGAUUUCACACAGCAGCUACAGGGGCCAGAGAAGCAGCACCGCAUGGUGUGGCAGGAGAAGGAGGACCUGCACAAGCAAUUGGUUGAAGCUUCAGAGACAUUGAAAUCCCAAGCCAAAGAACUGAAAGAUGCCCAUCAGCAGCAAAAGCUGGCCCUGCAGGAGUUCUUGGAGCUCAAUGAGCUCAUGGCAGAGCUCUACUCCCAGAAGCAGAAGGUGUGGGACAAGGAGGAGGAGAUGGAAGUAGCCAUGCAGAAAGCUGACAUGAUGUGGCAGGAGAUCUGAAGAUCCAAGAAGCUCAGAAAGAGGAUGCUGUUUAGCCAGAUGCGGUGGCUCACGCCUGUAAUCCCAGCACUUUGGGAGAUCGAGGCGGGCGGAUGGCCUGAGGUCAGGAGUUUGAGACCAGCCUGGCCAACAUGGUGAAACCCCGUCUCUAUUAAAAAUGCAAAAAUUAACCAGGCAUGGUAUUGGGUGCCUGUAAUCCUAGCUACUUGGGAGGCUGAAGCAGGAGAAUUGCUUGAACCUGGGAGGCGGAGGUUGCAGUGAGCCAAGAUCAUGCCACUGCACUCCAGCCUGGGCAACAAGAGCAAAACUCUGUCUCAAAAAAAAAAAAAGGGGGGAGGAAGCUAUUUAGAUAUUUCAGCGAUGGUAUUGAUUGGACUUUUGUAUGACCUUAAUAAAACAUCUUUGAAAACUU